AUAUACAUAACAAAAAAUAAUUUCCCACAAAACCAAAACGAAACAAAAUAAGGGGAAAUAAACUACGGAAAAACGAUUAGUUUACAGUGCUUGCGCUGAUAUCGUGAGUGUGGUACGGACUGUUGUGUGCUUAUCUGGGAUGGAGUGAAUUCGAAUCGAGUGCAAUCAUCAUCAUCAACAUCCUCAACUUGAUCUUUGUGAAUGUUAAACGAUCGAAAACGGAGUGAAAAGUGAUUUUGCCAAUUUUGUGUGCUUGUCUAUGUGUGUGUGUGUUUGUGCUUGUAAAACAGUGAAUAUUCGAGGUCGUCUUCCAUUACCAAAAAAAAAAAAAAGAAUAAUUACCCACCCCAAGUUACGUCGGAAGUAAGUUUGUGAGAAGAUUUUGCCAAGAUUUUCCCCUCGCUGCAGCAAAAAAAAAAGAAGAAAAAAGUGAAACGCAUUUUUUCGCGUCCGUAGUGUCAUUGCACAGCAACAAAAAGUUCUUUCCCUUCUACGACCUCUUGAGCUCUCUCUCUCUCUCUCUCUCUCUCUCUCUCUGGAGGUGAUUAAUUGAGCUGAGUGUUUUUUGGAGGAAACGUGUAAAAAAGGACACUGCAGUGAUUGCAUCACCGAACGCCGAACCAGGGACCGGUGACACCCAGCCGGAGCAGUCCGCGGUGAAGGCAAACAGCACCGCGCAGCGCAUGUAUGGAGCGACGCUUUUCGUGCGGAUCCGGAUAGUAUGAAUAGUUUAUCGACCGGCCGCCGCCGCAACGCAAACGACAAACACUUAACCCCCCCCGGACCCGAUGCGAUAAUUGGCCCGGCACCACGAUGAGAUGGUUUAAACGAUCGACCGAGUCGCCGAAACUGCUCAGCCUGUCCCCGCUGCGACACUCCGAGUCCGGGAAUGUGUACGGCGGUAAUGAACCACCGUACGCCGGGCUGGCUGCACACGAUCACGCCCGGACAACGAUCCGGCGGCGCAGUGCGGGCGAUGGCGGUGGACUGUUUGGGAUGAAUCCGGCCGGUGGUGGUGGUGAUGGUGAAGGACACGAGGAGCCACUGUCAGUGCCGGCGGGCCUGUCCAACUCUCCGUCCAGCUCGUCCACUACGUCCGGUUCGUCCAGUUCGAGCGUAUCCUCACCGUCGUCCACCUCCAACUCGUCCAGCUCGUGCACCACGAGCAGUUCGCCGUUUUCCUACACCAGUGACAGCAAGGGUAGCAGCGUCAGCAGUACCGGUACGCACAAGAUCCUACAGUCCGGAACCGCCACCAUACCCAGGAAGUCCCGUAUAGAUCUAUCACCCGUCAACUGGACCAAGCGCACCGGAUCGUCCGGCAUCAACUGCUACAGCAUCGAGGAAGGGCGGGUUAUCGAGCGACCGAAAGGUCGUUACGUUUCACCGGUACGCAUCAAAAACAAGCAGCAAGCGAUCGCGAACGCAGCAACAACUGGCAGCAGUACAGUGCAAGCUACCACCAACUCCUCCACUGCCGCUGGUAAUUCACUAUCGUCUGCCACCACGACCACAACCACACCCGUGACGCGACGCAUACUGCAACGGGCCGAUAAGGGUGCGGAUGUGUCCGUCAACGGCGGUAUCGCAUCGUCCGGCGGUGGUUCGUCGCUGUACAAGCAGCUAAGCCGCUCGAUUGGCAAUAUUGUCGAUACGAUCGAGAGUCGCAGCCCGUCCCUGAGCCAGCGGUCGAUACCGUACCGGGAGAAGAAGAAUCCGCUCGGCAGCACGCGGCUGUCCUGCUAUCAACCGAUCAGUCUUGAAACGCGAUCGACCGGGGAGAAAGAGGAAGAAGAGGACCCGGAGCAACCACCGCCCAAUCGGAGGAAGUAUGGUGGUGGCACGGCGAUCGACAGUGCAACACUGCGAGUGCAAAAAGUGCGCCAUCCGCUCUACAAAUCGGUGGACGAUCUGAUCUUUCUCGGCUCGACCGGUGACGUUAUUGUGCCCGCGAGCAAACCGGCCGAACCGUCGCCGGCAGCAAGUCCACGGCAGCAAAGCACGCUGCAUCGGCUAGCGGCGUCUGAUACGAGGCGCAACCAACAUCAGCUGCAGCGCGCUAUCACGGUGGAUGUGGAGAGCGACCGAAGCAGUGGGCCAACCGCAACCGCAACCACCGAUCGGCGCUUAUCAUUCCCGCAAGGCACGGAACGCGGAACGGUGGUGGACCGUGACGCACUGCCCCCAGCGGCCAGCACAGCUAGCGAAGUACCAAAGAACGAAGGCGACGCCACGAUGAUGGAUCCGGCCGAUCACGACGAGACGUACGGGUUCGCCCAGAUGCGCACGACGCUUGGACCGAUCGAGACGGCCUACCGGUUGCGGCUGGAAGCGUUUAAGCACGAGCCGGGGAAUGGGGUUGAUGUGGCGCCGGCACCAUCAUCCGCCGGCUCGUCCACGUUCAAGACGCCAAAGAGGAAGGACAACUUUACCAACAAAAUCCGGGCGAUGUCCGAUCGCACCCAGAAGCUGUUCUCGCGCAUCUACUCAACAAAUAGUGGUGGUGGUGGUACUACGAGCGGACAGAAGGGAUACCAUCUGUCGACUAGCAAGUCGCUGAAGAAGUCGACCGGGAAGUUGUCGGAGGCGAGCAGGAGGAGUGUGAGCUACGGUGCGUUGCCCGGGUUGGCGGACUUCCAGCAGGGUGUGGCCAAAGAGCGAGACGAUACGUACGAAGAUGUUGGGAAGGAGCCGGAUGUUGUUCCUCAGGACAAGCCACAACAGCACCAGAUUGAUGAUCUCGAUGCGGAUCUUCUUGUGGGUGGUGGAACGGUGAUUGCGAUCAGUGGAAGUACCGGACACACGGACGCGGAAGAUGGAGAUUCGGGCAUUCUGGUGAACGAAUCUGGCGCCUCGUCCAUACUCGAAACGGACGACGUGUUCCAUGAACAACAGUUGAUUGGUGGACCAAGAAUUCCGAACAUACCUACUAAGGUACAUCAUCACGGUGGAGUGGCGGAGGCGACAGAGUUUAAGCUGGUCACGAUCAGGUUGGACGAGCCCCCGGGUGAGCUGAUGGAUGUGCCGGGAGGUGAGGAUGGUAGUGGACUCGGUAUCAUUAUCGCACCGAUUGCGACCACCGAGGGUGAGGUCAGCAAUCGGUACAAGGUGGCCCACGUACUGCCCGGAGGACUUGUUUGCAGGGAAGGUUCGAUAAAGCCGAACGAUGAAAUUGUCAACAUCCUCGGGAAGCGACUGCGCGGUCUGUCGAUGCGUCAGGUGCAGGAGUUGCUCAACAGUUGCGCCCGCCGUGGUACUGGCCGCACCAGCAUCGAUCUUGUCAUUUGUCGCAGCAGGGCAAACGGCACCGAUCAUCACCAAGACGACGACGAUCAUCAUCAACAGCAGCAUCAGCAGCAGCAGCAAAGGCCACCGUCGGUAAAUCGACGGCUGUUCCGCAAUAGCCGCAAGAUAUCGCUCGACUCGUACCUGGAAGACGAACGACCGGAUCACAGUGGAAGCGAGACGGGAUCCGAGCAGGAUACGACCAACUACACGUCGAUUGCUAUCAAAAUCGAUGGUAACAAGUACAACACGCUCGGAACGCCCCGACGAUCGAAGCAACCACUCUCGAUGGUUUACAAACAGCAGCAGCAGCAACAGCAGCAACACCAACAACAGUCACCACAAUCUCAGCCUCCUUCGAUAGGCACCAUCGUUGCCUGCGACGGUAUCCCCAGCACGGAGGUGGACUCUCAGCCACCCUCCCUCGACUGCACCAAGCGUCGUUCGUUCACCAAAAAUGUCACCCCAACGCAACCCUCCAACACGUCCUCGAAAGUCGUGCGCCGCUCGCUGGUCGGCAAACAGUCCAACAGUCCCGCCCAAGCCUCACCCCAGCUGGUGACGGCCGCCCGCAGCACCAUGAACCUGUGCGACGACGAAAAGCUGGAACUGCACGCCUCCACCUCGGACGAUGCAGAAACGAGCAGCGGGACGAGUUCGCUCGAGUUGGACAAAUCGACCGCAAGCAACUUCUGCACACUGCCCCGCAGGCCCAAGUCGUCCGCCCUUUGUUCGUUCCACACGGUAGCGUUCGAGAAGGGACCGGGCAAGAAGUCGCUCGGCUUUACGAUCGUCGGCGGACGGGAUAGUCCCCGCGGUGCGCUCGGGAUCUUCAUCAAGAGCAUCCUGCCGACGGGCCAGGCGGCGGAAGAUGGACGGUUGCGGGCGGGCGAUGAGGUGCUGGCCGUGAAUGGGCAGGUGUGUCACGAUCUUACCCAUCUCGAGGCGGUGAAGCUGUUCAAGAGCAUCAAGACGGGCGAGAUCGUGCUGCAGCUCUGUCGGCGCAACAAGUCCGCCCAUCGGUCGAUGGACAUCGAUGCGAAUGCGUGUUGAGGGGGAGGAUGGUGGGGAUUUGGUUUUUUCUCGUAGCAAGACUAAUUAGCUGGUAAAGCAAGUAAGCGUGUGCGUGUGUGUAAAGGAAAGGAUGUUGAUCCUUUGUAGUAGGUUGGGUUAGGACAGAUCAGGGUUCUACUUAGUAGACAGUGGAAAUAGUUAAUAGCGCUGGGUGUAAAUAUGCGAGAGCACUGGUUCCACUCUCCAGAAUCGCUUGAACCUUCACUGGAGUGUGUUGAGUAAGUGCUGUAGUAAGUUGUGUCGUAUGUAAAGAUGUCUGUAUGUAUGUGGUAUUGCAUAUUAUUAAAAACUAUAAACAGAAAUAUCCUAA